ACAACUUUUAUAUGUAUUAUAUAACUUAUUUAAAAUAUUAAUAUUAACACGUUUCCAAUUUUAAUUUAUUUUGCAAAGAAUGUACACGUAAUGGACAAAAUAAGUAUCAAUAUUUCCUAUAUUAUAUCGAUAAAUGACAGCUAGAUUGCAUUUUUAAUAAAUUUAUACACAGAUUGAUAAAAUAACAUUAUCGUGAUUUUCACUAACGAGACUCCUUUACGCUAUCGAGUUUCGAGCUUUCACGGAUGUCGUAAGCAUAUUUCCUCUGAUAAACGUAUUACGAUAUGUACUACGUUUCCUCGUUGUGUUCCGCGCCCAUUCCCACCUGAAAGGGUCGCGGUAACAAGUCGCGAUACCAAAUCGCGUUGCCGCAUCGCCGGUUCCGUUCGAGCGAAUAAUCAGGCACAAACCAGGCGGAUGUCGACAAAUAAUAUUAGCGGAUCGAGUCGCACACUGAGUGCAGUGAGGAUAUCUUUGUGCCGGCUUGAUUUGAUUUCGCACGUAAAUUGAUGCGAUACGAACCCGUAACUCGAAUUCGCGUGUCAUCGAACUGUUCGUAGAGAAAGAGAGAGAGAGAGAACGUUUAUUCCACCGUAUUCUGGAAGUGGAUAACAAACGAAUUAAUAAUGUAAACUCUGAAAAUAAACUUACGGCUAUUUUACUAGAAACUUUUUUUUUACUAGAAAAGAUUUUAUUGAAAUCUUAUUGUAUUUUGUCUUAACAGAAAUACGCGUAACGUUAUUAUUCACGAGUAAGUAAAUCGCUAACUUCGCGAAGAAACACUUUGCGACUGUUGCACUAAAUUUUCCAGCUACAGAGGAUUACCGGUGAACUUUCCGUUAACGUGCAUUCCCUGCAUUUUCGAGUGUUAUCGGUUUGAUCGAAGUAAAGUGAACGACAUUAACGGAACUGUGAAUUCGAGUGAAUUCUGCUGAUCUUUACUCCGAAUUAACAGACUCAAUUAUUGCGAGUAAUCGACUUACGUCUAAGUGUCAUUAUUAGAAAUGUCAGUAUUUAUCCUUGCGACUUUGCUGGCCACGAUCCGGCGGAUUAUUACUUAGAAACCGAACAAAAGUAAAGUUUUCCCUUGGUCUUGCCGCACGUGACUUGAUUUCUUUUUCUCGCGAGCAAAAUAUGACGAAAGAAAUUAGUUCUAACAUACACAUCGCCUUUGUUAACGCGAAACGUUGGUAACUGGAUGAAUGACGUUUAAAUGUCAUUAAUGUUAUUAAAUGUUACAUAAGAAUUAUCUUCCAGCAGCGAGAGAAUUAACUCUGGAGUGCUAUGAAUAAAUUUUGACGAAUUUCGAGGAUGAAUUUUGAAAUAUUAAUUUAAGCUUGGUACAGUUUUUGUUGUUGAAAUUUUGAUUUAAAGUAACGUUUAAUAAUAUUUUGUUACAUAUUAAAACAGUAUUAGUUCAGUUAUUCGAGCCCUACAAUUUAUAAAAAUAGAAAUAGUUUAAAAACUAUUCUUAAUUUUGUGGGUGAAUUUUUACCUAGAGUAGUACUCACAUAAAAAAAAUAUGAGUACCAUUCUAAGGUUAACAAAUAUCAAAUUUAAAUAUUAAGAAAUAUUAAUGUACGAACAUACAAAAGGUAUUUUAACAGCGUCAAGAUCAUCACGACGCGCGAGUGAAAUGAUGGACGGUAUUAAUUAAGCGGGAUUGACUCGUCGCUCUCUUGCCGUGGAAUAAAGCCGGAGAAAGUGUUGUGAUUUUAAAUCGCGGCUGCGUCGCCUGCCCAUGAAUAACUACUGAGCGACGAAUAAACGGAAGUGGAAGCGUGAUUGAACGGCGGAGCGCGCCCUGCAGUCCGGACCGCAUUCGCGAGCGAAGCGUGGGAACAUUUCUGCUCCGGAUGAGCCGACCUAUGGUGGAGUUCAGAACGGAGGAAUGCUCACCGAUACGUCCACGGCAGGCACACGCUCGGUGAAGAACCACUCGCGAAAAUGAGCGCGGCCGUCGAAAACGGCGUGGACGCCUCGAAGCCGCGCGGCGGCGUUUUCUCGAGGGCGUUCGCGAAACGUGCGCAGCCCUACGAGGAAGCUCUGAAGAGUUUGAAUCGUUUGAACAAGGAAGGCGAGGCGCUUGCUCUUCAAGAUGACCUCACAACGCACCCCACCUUGGCCUUGAUGCGGCGCAUCCUCGCAGAUGCACAGGCAAAAUUUCGCGUGAUGGUGGAGGAGAACGCAGCGACCGGCGCCCGGCUGGACGGCGAGCUGGAACGCGCUAGGGGCGAAUGCGCUACACUCCGGGGCGAAUUACGCGACGUCCGUGGCGCCUUGCCGAUUGUGUUGAACAACAACAACGCGGGCAAUGGCAGCGCCAACAGCAACAACAAUUCCGGUGCAGCAACCGGUGUUUCCGGCGGCAACACGAACCCUGGCCAGGAAGCAGCCGAGGCUCAGCAACAGGCGCAACAAGAAGACGGCAAACGGCUUAGUGCUGGCAGCAGCCCAAUCGAGAAGAGAAGCUCGGCCAGCGAUAAAUCCGCCAGUCCUAUCGAGAAGCGGACCAGCCCGGUGGACAGGAAAGAUAGAACCAGCCCCGUCGAUCGGCGAGCCAGUCCCGUAGAACGAAGAAAUGGCUCGCCCUGCCGGAGUCCAAGCGAGAAAGCUCGCCGACCGUACGCCCCCGCUCUGGAGAAGACGCGACUGGGCGGAUCGGGGGGCAGUGUGGACUCUCGAUCGGGUAGCGCUAGCCCGGAUCGAGGAUCGACGAACCGGAGCGGCUUCCUGCAUCGUGGCGGUAGCGACCGUUCCAGCGUGGAACGGCUCCGGAUAUCGACUAACCGCGAUUCCCUGCGAUCCAGCAAAGAGAUGAACGACCACGACCAGAAGGACGCUGAUAAGGAUCUAGUAGACGGCGAUGCGCGCGGCGACGAGGACAAUGAACCCCCUGGACCGGCACCCGGCAGCAGGCCAUCAUCCCCGGCUAACUCCCUCGGAAUAGGCGAUCCAGUGGUGGCAUCUAGACUGUCCAAUAUCCAUGGCGGUGCGCACGCGGAAUUGGCCAGCGCCAGAAGAUUGCGACUGGAGAAUGAACGACUGGUGGCCGAGGUCGCGAGGUUGAGGAGGUUGCUGCUGAGCGGCGCGGCGCGUGGCGAGGUCGGCUCUGAGGACGCCGCGAUGGAGGAAGAGGCGCGUUUCGUCGCUCUAGAAAUGGAAUUGCAGCACGCGAAGGAGGCACUGCAGGCGCUGAAAGCCGACCGGAAGCGGCUCAAAGCCGAGAAGUUUGAUCUUCUCAAUCAGAUGAAAGCGCUCUACGGCACUCUCGAGGACAAGGAGCGCGAACUCCGCGAUUUUAUCCGGAAUUACGAACAGAUGCGGGAGAACGAGGCGACCCUGGGACGUCUUCAGCAGCAAGGAGCCGGCAUGUCUUCGGAGGAACGUGAACGGGAGAGGGAGAGGGAACGCUGGAGUCUUCUAAGGGCGGCGAGGGACGAGGCCGAUCGAAGCCUGAGUCUCGCGGCUAGUUUAGCUGACAAAGAAGCCGCCCUUUCGCACGCACACGCGACCAUAAAAGAGCUGCAACGUCAGCUGGCAGAACGCGGUGGCGGCGGCGGCGGCGGGAUCUGCCUGAGCGACCAGGAGUCCCUGGUGUCGUUUCCACGUGGCAGCGUGAACGGUGCUGCGACACCCGGGGCCGGCAGCAGCAGCGGCGGUGGCGGCGGUGGCGGCGGCGGUGGCGGCAGCAGUGGCUGCGGCCUCAUCCCCCACGUGAAUUCGCAGCCGCCCUUGGGUACGACCGAGCUCGGUAUGUCCAUGGGUAACGUGGGUGGCGGCCCGGGUGUAGGAGGGUCCUCCGGCGGUCAGGCCGGCGAUCGCGGCAGCUGCAGCGCGGACAGUGGCGUCCGCGGGUCCAGCGAUCGCGAGAGCGGCGGGGCGACCAGCGUCGGCGGGAAUCUCUCGGAUUCCACGACGGACGGCACGCCGACAAUUACGGUCGAGGGCAGCGGUCUCGACAUGGACAGCAUCUCCGUGGUAUCCUCCGUAGCACCACCCCACAUAUACCAAUCCGCGACCACACCGAAGGACUGCAGCCCCACGCUGUCGCCGCUGAACGCGUUUUCAAGGUCUAUGGACAAUUCGUCGCUAUCGCGCUCGGUCGAGCAGCUAUCCAGCCCGCUGGAAUCCGAGCCGAGGAGGAACAAGCAGCCACCACCUGUCGUCGCACCUGCCGCGCAUUCGCGAUCGUCCGCCACUCGCGGCGGCACAUGGGGAUCCAUUUCAAGAGUGUUCGCCCGUUCGCGACAUCGGAAGACGGCAAACAGCUCCAGCGGUGGCAGCGGCGGUAACGAGGGCUCAGACGGCUUUGAUCCAUAUCGAUCGUGGUCGCCGCUCACUGAAGAGGGUUACGCCGAGAAACUUCGUUUGCUCCGAGAAGCAGCCUCCGUGCCCAUGGAGCGAUGGCGAGCCCCGACCGUUUUAGCCUGGUUAGAGGUGGCUCUCGGGAUGCCGCAGUAUGGUCCACGAUGUGCUGAGAAUGUCAAAUCGGGCAAGGUUCUACUUGAACUAAGCGACGCCGAACUGGAGGCCGGUUUAGGCGUAACUCACCCGCUUCAUCGAAAGAAACUGCGUCUGGCUAUCGAGGAACAUCGACAUCCGAGUCACGUUCGAUAUCCCUGUAUCGCUCAGCUCGGUCACACCUGGGUGAGCUCCGAAUGGCUGCCAGAUCUUGGCCUGGCCCAGUACUCGGAGAGUUUCGCCACUAAUAUGGUGGACGCCCGUAUGCUGGACCAUCUGAGCAAGAAAGAGCUUGAGAAACUACUCGGUGUCACGAGGAAAUUUCAUCAGGCCAGCAUAGUUCAUGGAAUUCAUCUGCUGCGGAUGCUGAACUAUGAUCGACAGGCUCUCGCUGUCAGGAGACAUCAAUGCGAACAGGUUGACACGGAUCCUUUGGUCUGGACGAAUCAAAGGUUCAUUCGGUGGGCGAGGAAUAUCGAUCUCACGGAAUAUGCUGAGAAUUUGAAAGACUCGGGUGUACACGGUGCUCUGGUUGUAUUGGAGCCGUCGUUCACCGGCGACACCAUGGCCACCGCCUUGGGUAUACCGCCAGCGAAGCACAUGAUUAGACGACACCUUACCGCCGAAUUAGAAGCGCUCGUUCUGCCAGCAAGAAGUCAACUGGAAGUGGUCCCGAGGAACAGCACCGGCGGGGGUGGCCGUCCGAUGAGCACCGCGAGCGCGGGCGGUAGUCUUGGUCGUGGGAGCAGAGCGCUACACCUACAGCAUCACCAGAGCUCGCUGUCGGCCCUCCACAUGACGGCGAACCACACCGGCACCGUCGACAGACGCAGAUCCAGCCUCAGGACCUGCAGUCUUCUUUACUUGAAAAAGUUGUCGUGGAGGAGCUCACAGGGAUCCCUGAGCAGGGCGUUCGGCCUACGGCCUAGAAGCGAGAAGGCGUCACCGUCAUCGUCCUCGGACACCGGAAGCCUCGCCAGCCAAUGCCAGUACAUGAGCAGCAGCGUCCGCAGCAACUCGCCGCCGCCGCCGCAGCUUCCGCCGCGACCGAUGUCGACCGGAAGCGGUAAACGGCAUCGGCGCGUGAAAAGCAUCGGCGACAUCGAGUACAUAAGCUCGGCCGCGGUGAGCACCCCGGUCUGACAGGAGGGUAGGCCCCAACAUUCGGGGCCUUACCGCAGUCUGAGCGAACGCGGUUAUUCCUCCUCCUCGUACUCCUCAUCUCAGUACGGCUCUUACUCGGGCUACAGCAACGUUCUGACGGGCGGCGAUCAGUACCAGCAAUAUCAGCAGCAGUCCAGCGGCAAUUAUUAUCAUCAGCUGCAGGGCGGCUACUACUCGCCGCAGAGCUCCGGGCCUCCUUUCCCGGGUGUGCAGAGAUACGGCAGCCUGGCCGAGGAGGCAUGGUCAUCGUGCUCCACCAAGGGAGACGGCCCGGCGGGUGUGUCGAAGUCUAAUCCCAGGACUUACUUAGCUUAGCUUCUCGCCGCAAUGGGGGCUUGUUGAGCGGACGUUAUUCGUCCGAGAGUAACACCACCGCGUCUACCACGAUGGUGCGCUGAUGUAGUAUCCUCGAAAAAAAUGCGCGUCCUUGUUUUAGGUCUACUUUAUUUUUUGUUCCCCCCUCGUUGGAUUCUCGAUAAUUCAGUGAACAGCUUAUGGCUAGAGAAAAUCGCAAGGAUUAUCAUAUCGCGCUCUUCUCAGUGAUGUUAAUCAGCGCGCGAUUUCGCAUAUUUCAAAUAUGACUUGCUUGUAUCAUCCCGUACCUACACGGCUCAAAUUAUCAACAAGCUACUAAGAAUAUAUCGCUAAAUUUAAGAUCCUGAGCUUCUGAUAUUUCAUGUAAGAAUUUUGGUGUAAGAAUGUUAUCGAGGUGACCUGAUUGAAUUUAUAAUUAAUUUGGUAAGAGAAUUAUUGACGCGAUAAUCCCGAUAAUCGUUGGAUAAUCGCUAUCGUCACAGUAAAUCGAAAUGAUCACACAAACUUGUUAAUAACAGUAAUAGACAAUACGUUAGCUGGACAAUGGACUACGAAAAUACAAACAAGUUUUACGCACUUUACGAUACGAUUAUCCCUAUAGUCCUAUUGGAUGAGUAAAUGUUGAUGUCAGUUAUCUCAGAGUUAUUCUCAAUUACAAAGUAAUUAUACGUCGUACAAAUACUAGGCAGCAUAUCGUGAUGUUAAGAGGCAUAAAAGAGUCUGACCAAAUUUUAUGAACACAUCGAGCUACCGACCGACAUAUACAUAUAUACAUAUAUCUGAUGAAAAUAAAUAAGAUAUAAAAGAGUAUAACUAUGAUUGAAUUACGAAUUAUUACAGAUAAGAUUAUAAAUAAGCGAAGUAAUAAUAAAAAUUUUUCAGUUUAAUCAAUACGUAUACUACGCGUGACAAUAUCUCACACAAACCGUUUGCCAGUAUAAUUUUUUAUUGCUAUCAUUGUGCGAAUGAUCUUCUUUCAACAAUUAAAGGAUUUUUUUAUUAAAAAAACAAGUCUAAGAAAUUGAAUUUUUAGAAACUGAAAAACUUAUCUUUAAACAUUUAUUCUAUAAAUGUGAUAAUUUUUCUUUAGAUAUAUAAUAGAUACAAAAAUAAAAUUUUAGCCUUUGAUUAAUACUUUGAGGAAUCAUUAAAAAACGAAUAAAGAACUUUUAGGCCUAUUUAGUUCUUGUAGAAAUUUUAUGUUUUACUUCACUUAUAUUAUACUAUUAUAAUAUUAAUUUAUAUAUAUUUAUAUCUCUCGUUUUCUAUUUGAUUCUUCCUGGAACAAAAUUGUUCUUGAUGUUGCCCUACUAAUAGAGAAUGAUUUGACGCUAUAAUCCAGAUUAAAAAAAAUAAACUUGUUUUGUUUUUGUAAAAAAUCCUUCAAUUAUGAUUUAGAUCGUAAAUUCAUUCCGGUAUGUAAGCUAGCACGAAAGAAUUGUAUCGUGAGUAUCGUUAAAGAAUAUUUUCGCUUAUAAACCGAUCUCUAUGAACGAAUGACAAACUUUAUGUGCUCAGCUGGCUGAAAAGUGAACAGCAACAGCGAAUUUUCAAUAUCUCUCGUGUACAUAUAUGAAUUUAAUACGUUUAUCUGUAAUUUUACAUUAUUUUCUAUCGAUGUGUACGUAUAUGAGUUUCCUAUAUACGAGUACACUUAACUAGAAACUAUCGGAUAGGCUUGAAACAUCAUCAUAGAUUUGUUUUUUUAUUGCUGCAUUGGACUGCACUAUGACUUCCCUUCUCAUUUUCCCUAAAUUUCAAACAAAUAUUUAUUUUAUUUUUAAUUCUAGAAACUGUAUAUCAGUUUAGUUAUAAAAAGACAAAUCUAUUGAUUCAAGCUGAAUACCGUGAAAUUAUAAUAAAUAAUGAACGGAAUCGCCUCACGAAGACGCCCAAGUCUUCCACUAUAUUCCAUUAUAUUUUACAGCGUGGUGAGAUUGAAUAUAUCCCGUUUUUCAUUAAUCUUAAACCAAAAGAAAGUAUCGGGAGAUUCAAUUACUGCUGCGAAUUUUUUAUUUAUCGCAUUGGCACACGAGAAUUUUCUAAGUACCUAACUUUAUCCUGCAAUCUAUUAUACUUAUGAAAAGUUUAAAAAGAACUGUUCCCAAACGAUUACAAUUACAAAUAAUUUUUUAUUACAUAUCUUGUACAAUUAAUUAAUUGCACGGCCAUCGCAACAUACGCUCCGAUAGACAGGAAACAUAAAUGAAGCGAAUCGCCACACAAUUUAAUCUAAGUGCCAGAAGGAUCGAGUGCACCGUAAUUUGGCGCACUGCCGCGAAGCGUACCGUACGUUCGGCCCGUUGUAUUAUUAUACUAAUACGUACAAUCUUCCCCAGUGUUCGUAUAUUACGGUUGCGUGGUCGCAAAAAAAAGAAAGACGAUAUUUUGCAAAUAAUGCACAUAUUUAUAACGUGAUAUUUAUUCGUAGAUUAUAAUCAUUUCUUGAUAUUUACGUGGUACCCGCGUGUUCUGUCGUCAAACUAUUUUACUUCUGCAAUCGGGAAACGAUCAGGACCAUAUAAUAUAUAUAUAUAAUAUAUAUUUUAUUGCCGGACUAGUAUUACCGUCGUUUUGCGAGGCGGAAACGACGAAUUAAUACGCUAGCUAUCGUGACAUUCGUGUACCUAAGUGAUUUAUUUAUAUAAAUUAAUUUAGGUCUCUAAUUUAUUUGUAUACAAUAUUAAUUAUUGCGCAACGCGGCCAAUACCUCGCUUUAAAGCGACAUAUCGAUAAGUACAUGUUCGCUUAUUGUAUAUUGGUCGCAGCGCGCGAUCACACAUUUCAAUACAAACCGUUGUAAAUGUGCUCAGUAACGUCUGUAUAUAUUUGUGUGAACUGUAUCUAAAUACGGAAAAAAAUUAAAUAAACGAUUGCCUUUACUUUUGCGCAACGAA